UUUGCGGCCCCCGGCCGGACUCUGCUGCGAGGAGGCGUCAGGGAGCUGCUCUGGUCGCGACUUGAAGGGAGCCUGGGGCGCGACUUCAGUCUCUCUCACCAUCGGGGCACGGUCAUCGUAGAGCGCUGGUGGAAGGUGCCGCUAGCCGGGGAGGGAGGGAAGCCGCGCCUGCGCCGGCGACACCGGGUCUACAGGCUGGUGGAGGACACGAAACACCGGCCCGAAACAAACCUGGAGCUCAUCCUCACGCAGUCUGUGGCGGAACUUGGAGUCCGGGGUGACCUGGUCUCAGUGACGAAAUCCGAGGGUCGGAACAAACUCCUUCCUCAGGGACUGGCUGUUUAUGCAUCUCCCGAAAACAGGAAGCUGUUUGAAGAGGAGAAAUUGCUGAGACAAAAAGGAAAAUUAGAGAAGAUACAGACCAAGGCAGGUGAGGCGACAGUAAAGUUUCUGAGAAGCUGUCAUCUGGAAGUAGGAAUGAGGGACGAUGUUGAAUGGGAGUUGAACCCUGAAAUAGUUGCUCGUCACUUCUUCAAGGAUCUUGGUGUCGUAGCGGCCCCGCAUGCCCUGAAGUUACCGGAGGAGCCGAUCACACAGUUGGGCGAGUACUGGUGUGAAGUGACGGUAAAUGGGCUUGACACUGUGAGAGUUCCUAUGUCUGUGGUGAACUUUGAGAAUCCCAAGAUCAAAAGAUACAAGGCCUGGUUAGCCAAGAAGGCUGCCAAGGGGGUUGCCUCCUCCGGCUCCCAGACAGUCUGAACCUGUUCUCUGAGACCAGAAAGCAGAAGCAGAGCAGCCAUGGAGCAAGAGUGGGACAGCACCUGACUGCACUCCCCUCUGAUCGUUUGAAAGUCUGGAGCGCGAGUGGAGACAUCUGCCCGAACUGCAUGUGAGGUUGGGACCUCCCUCUUGGCCACCUCCAUCUGCGACAGUCAUCAGCCCGGCUUCAUUGGGGCGGAUGUGCUCAGGAAGUUCCGGGCUGGACUCGACAGGCUGUAUGUCAGUGGAUUCAGACAGUCUGCACACCUC